AAACAAUGAAUCUAAGAGAGAGAGAGAGAGAAGGGCACAAUGUAUGAGAACGAGAGAGAGUUAAUGUAGGGGAGAAGAUUGGGGAAGACGAAAUCUGCUGUUUAUAAGGAAAAUCGUCGCCUGUCGUCGUUGCAGUUCGAUUGAAGCUUUCGACACUGAUCGAAGGUGACGAAAACAUUGAACACCAACAAAAAAAGGCAGAAGAGUUCGAGGGUGAAAGAGUGUUACGAAGAAUUGGAAAGGAAAGUGCGAAGUCAGAAAUCAGAAUCUACUGAAAGACGGAUAAUGGAUUCCUAUGACGAAGGCGAUAGUCCCAGCAACCUGAAGGGUUUCACGGUCACGGUGGUUUUCAGUCAAUUACUGGGCCUGGUUUUGAUAGUUUUGUUAUCUUUCUGGCUUGGUCAUUAUCGUGGAGGUUUUGCCUGGGAGACAGAUCUCAACCUACAAUUCAACUACCAUCCACUUUUCAUGGUUAUUGGUUUCAUCUUGAUUAAUGCAGAAGCUCUUUUGUCCUUCAGAGUGUUUCGGAAUCAGCAGAAAUACUGUAUCAAGGUGUUGCAUUGUUGCAUGCAAGUAUCAUCUCUAGUUUUUGCCAUUGUUGGCAUCAAAGCAGUGUUUGACACUCACAACCUGGCUUCGACCCCAAUUCCUAACAUGUAUACUUUGCAUUCCUGGCUCGGCUUAACUACCGUCCUUUUGUUUUCAUUGCAGGUCGUUGUUGCAUUUGUUAGUUUCAUGUGGCCUGGUAUCAGCUAUAAUUUGCGAGAACAGUUGAUGCCCUUCCAUACUUUCUUUGGAAAGGCCAUCCUGGUAAUGGCAGCGAUUUCAUGCUUGACUGGCAUGACUGAGAAGGCAUUUUUCGCUUUGAAAUCCAACUACCCAACGGAACUCGAAGGGAAACUCAUUAACAGUAUGGGAUUGGUGCUUGUGGCUUUUGUCGGGAUAGUCUUGUUCAUCAUCAGCUGGUCACCUUGGCAAAGAAUCCCUCCACCUGAAGAACGUCACAUUCAGCUUAGCGAAUGAGGAGGGCAAAUGAGAAGAGAAACGGCAACACCCAUGGAUGUCUGUGACUGUGACAAUGCAUGAAUCUCUGUCUCUGUCACAAUUUGUUACCAGCUUAUGACUUCAGCAAAACCUGACUUUUGUUAUAUAUGUUUAGAGAUAUAUAAAUAUAUAUGUUGAUACAUAUAAAUAUAUAUAUGUUUUUAUAUAUAUAUAUAUAUAUAUAAAUGUUUAUGUUUAUAUACACACACACACACACACACACACACACACA